AAUAUAUCAUUUACAAACCAGGGACUAUUAAAUAAAUAUUGCACAUAUUUAGGGACCUUUCAGUAAUUUCCUUCUCGAACGGGUGGAUGCACUGUACCCUGUGAAUAGGUGACCAGUAAAUAAUAACCAUAUUUAGUUGAAAAGGAUUCAUAGAGAGCGAAUCACGCCAUCCACUUCCUUUAAACAAUACUGUGUCUCAAACUUAUUCUUUUCUUCUUUGUUUGAGAAUAGUGGAGGAGAAAUCGAGUUCUCCCAUCUCAUUAGGAGCCCCUAAGCAAAUAUUUCUCAGUUCAGCAUCUCUGUAUUUUUUAUUAAAUUUUUAGUAAACCGAAUAAAUUAAAUCAUUUAAACGUAGAUCUGGAAAUUAAAGAAUAAAAAAUUUAAAAAUUAAUCAGAAAGAUCUGUAGUAGAUAAAUAAUUAUUUAGUGUGACCUGUAAAUAGGGACCGAUAAGUAAUAAUAUAUCAAUCUUGGAACGUCGUAAUAAUUUUACCUCAACGUAUUCCCAAGUCGGCAGUUCCACGUCGCGCCGACCUCCGCUUCCGACAGCCAACUUUACUAUGACCCUCCGGAACGCCGCCGCCUUCCGGCGCGCCCUCCACUCCGUCCACCCCAUCCCAAACGAGCCGCCGCCGCCGCUCCCGCGGUUGCCGGAGCCCCGGUCCUCCGCCUCCCUCCUCAAUGGCUGCACCUCCCUCCGUGCCCUGAAACCCCUCCACGCCUCUGUCCUUCGCCUCCACCCCGACGACCUCUUCCUCUCCGCUACCCUUGCCUCCCGCUACGCCCUCCUCGGCUCUUCCCGCCACGCCCUCUCCGUCCUCUCCUCCGCGCCCCCUCCCCCUCCCUCCGCUAGCGACCCCUUUCUAUGGAAUAUUCUCCUCCGCGCCUUCGCCGAUGCUGGCGCCCCCGAACACACCCUCGCCGUCUACCGCCGGAUGCGCGACCCGAGCGGCGGCGGCGCCCGCCCCGACCGCUUCACCUUUCCCCCCGUCCUCAAGGCCUGUGGCCACCUCCGCGACCUCCAGACCGGGGCUAAGGUCCACCGCGACACCGUUGAGUUCGGCUACUGUUAUGAUGUCUUUGUUGGGAACUCUCUCAUCGCCAUGUAUGGAAAAGGUGGCGCCUUAGAAACCGCAAGACGAGUAUUCGAUGAAAUGUCCGAGAGAAAUGUCGUCACUUGGACCGCCAUGAUCGGGGCGUCAGCCCAAAACGGGCAUACUGAGGAGGCUUUAUCUUUAUUUCAUUCAAUGCUGGAUGGGAGAGUUAGGCCCAACAGAGCAACGUUCUUGAAUGUGAUGCCCUGUGUCUUUAAAGCUGAAGAGGCUGAUGACUUGUAUAAGCUUAUUGGUAGACAGGGUCUUGAUUCUGAUAUGUUUGUUCAGAAUGCAAUGGUUGGAAUGUAUUCAAGGUGUGGAAAGAUUGAAUUUGCUCGGCAUUUGUUUGACAGGAUCCUUGAGAAAGAUUUGGCAUCAUGGAGCUCAAUGAUUGAAGGUUAUGCUCGAGCUGAUAUGUUCGAUGAAGCUUUGAAGCUAUUUAGAAAAAUGAAGCUAGCUGGAAUUCUUCUGGACCAUGUGAUUCUUCUUGGCAUCAUUCGUGCUUGUUCGAAUUCAUUGUUGGCUUCUCUUCAGCAUGCUCAAUUUAUUCAUGGAUUUGUUGUCAGGAACUUGUUGGAUCAAAAUUUGAUGGUGCAAACAGCUUUGAUUGAUCUCUAUGUGAAGCGUGGGAGCCUAAGAAAUGCUCGUAGAAUAUUUGAUCAGAUGCAACAGAAAAAUUUGGUUUCGUGGAGUACAAUGGUCUCUGGGUAUGGAAUGCAUGGGAGGGGAGAGGAUGCACUCAAACUCUUUAUCUGUAUGAAGGGGUCUGUGAAACCAGACCAUAUUGUGUUUGUCUCGGUUCUCUCAGCUUGCAGCCAUGCAGGAUUAAUUGAUGAAGGAUGGCAAUGCUUUAAUUCCAUGGUGGCAGAGUUUGGCAUCGUUCCUCGAGCUGAGCACUAUGCAUGUAUGGUUGAUCUCUUGGGCCGAGCUGGGCAGCUGAAAGAGGCUCGAGAGUUUAUAGAGCGUAUGCCAAUAAAGCCAGAUUCUAGUGUGUGGGGAUCCUUGCUUGGUGCAUGUAGGAUACAUCCAAAUGCAGAAAUUGCAGAAUUGGCAGCAAAAUCUCUUUUUGAAUUGGAGCCAGAGAACUCAGGCCGUUACAUUUUAUUGUCGAAUAUCUACACUUCAUUGGGAAAGAUUGAAGAAGCUCACCGAAUCAGAGCUCUGAUGAGACGGAGAGGAGUGAGAAAAAUAGCUGGCUACACUAUUAUAGAAGUGAAGAACAAGGUUUACAAGUUCUUUGUUGGAGAUCGGAUGAAUCCACAAUCGCAUUUGAUUUAUAAAGAGCUAGAAAGAUUGAUGGAUAGGAUUCGCAUGAUAGGUUAUGUGCCGAAUACCAACUUUGCAUUGCAUGAUGUGGAGGAAGAGACAAAAGAGAAGUCACUAUAUGUGCACAGUGAGAAACUUGCAAUUGUUUUUGGACUUUUGAACUCAGGACCUGGAUGUGUGAUUCAGAUCCGUAAGAAUCUGAGGGUUUGUGGGGAUUGUCAUACUGCCACCAAGUUCAUCUCUAAAAUUACAGGGAGGGAGAUUGUGGUUAGAGAUUCUCAUAGAUUUCAUCAUUUCAGUGAUGGGGUUUGUUCUUGUGGGGAUUAUUGGUAAAGAAUCCUGUAUAUGCUGUAAUUAUCUUUGCCCUAGGUGGAGAACUAUAUUGCAGCAUCAAAUUUUGAUGUGAAGAGACGGAAUGCAGAAUUCUAAUUUCCUUUCCAACUUAGGGCCUGUUUGGAUUUUUCUACAGGAUUGGGCUAAAAAUCCUAUAGUAUACAACCAGCAAGAUCAUAGGCUACAGGCUGGCUAGGCCUGUGUCUGGGUUGGCCCACUCCAAAGCUAUCUUUGGAUUUUUGCCUAGCCCAGUCUGCAGCCUGUGAUCUUGCUGGUUGUACUGGCCCAUUUCUGUAAGAAAUUCCAAGUAGGUCCUUAAGAAGUUCAAUGAAUGGUCAAAGGGACUUAUAUGUUGAAGUAAGCUGCCUCUGCAAGAGAGACACACCUGAAGUAGAGAGCAGGGUAAGAAAGGUCACAAAUUCAUACAAUUGGAGGUUGUGAUUUAAAUUGCAGUGUGCGCCCAUGGUUUUUGAACCUCCAUCCAUCCCUGAGUAUACCAAUUUGUGUGUCAAGUGGCGACUGAUGAAUCUUUUCGGUAAACGAUGGGGUAAAGGGCCUCGAUCUGGAAUCACAUUCUAUGCAUCUCUCAACAACAGUGGAGGAAGAUCUGUCGAGCAUCUUCCUCAUGUCGCUCGUGAAUGCCUUUGUGGAAAUUGGCUCAUCAGGCGAGUUUAUCGUUACUGCAAAUGCUUUGGUCCAGUUACCACUAUACAACAUAUGGCGCACACACUGAAUACCUGAAACACUGUAUUUAGCUAGCAGGGGCGGGAUUUCACUCUCUCUCCGGAUGAUUGCAGAUGGAAGAAGGUUCGGUGAAAGGACAAAGUAUUUAUGUCCUACUUCAUUUUGGUCCAGCAGCUGCUGCAAUUAUCUGGCCGAUUCUUACCAACUCUGGAGCUAACCUCAAAGUAAAGAUUGGGAGACAUAGCUAAACUGUUUCAGUAAAUCUGGAAGAAUCAUAAAGGUAUUUUCUUGGUUGCCGAUUUCUCAUCAUUGAUCGGCUGUCGAGUAAGACACAGGAUAACUUGUGUAUUCCAUUGAAAUCGAUUUUAAAGGAGUUGCAGUUCUGAAUCUCUAUGACAUCCAAUGUCAAACCAAAGCAAGUAGCAAACUUGAUCUGCUUCAAGUGCAAGGCACCCACAGGGAGAUGGCAAAUACAAGCUCAAACAGGGAGUUCAGCAAGAUCUACUGCGAUCAAGUAACUAAUUGCAAUAUAUACCGAGGGUCUCACCAUGAAGGAGUGCAUCAGGACAACUAGGUGACAUCUGAUGAGAGUCCUCCCUGAAAUUUGUUGGCUAUUUUUUUGUUUUCAGAGAAUUUGAUGCUUAUCUUCAAUUACAAGCUGAGAGCACCUUGGAGCACAAGGGCCCGGAUCCAUGCUUGUCUACACACAGAAGAAUCUCUUAAAAGUUCGUGAUGUGCAUUGCAUUUCAAGUAGCUGAGAUGCCAAAUAUGUUCAUAAUAUAAACUACAUUAUAUAUUGGAAUACCCACAUGAUUGAAAACAAAUCAUAGAGUGCCUCCUACCAAGCCGUACAGCCAAUUUCAAGGUUGGUUGGGUAAUUAAGGGCAGUAGAUGCCACAUCUAGUGACAGAAAACAAAACAAGCAUCAAUGUGAAUAAGUUAUGGUAAAGAAAGGUUAAAAUUCAGGGGCACUUGGGUCCUCCACGCUUGGUCUUCCAGUUGUUGUAGCAGGGGCAGACACCUUUGUUCCCAUAGAAGCCUGGGGGCACGCAGAGGCACUUCAUGCAGCAUUUCUGGCAGAAGAACAUGCAUGGCUUGUGGUAUUGGGUAUUCGAGCAUCUCCUUGAGCAUUGAGAGGGGCAUUCUGAUUACAGAAAUUCAGAAGUUACACAAGGUAAAAAAAAAAAAAAAAAAAAAA